UGAUGUUUAUUUAUAUCUUUUGUGUAGCUGGUUGUGUAGUCAUUUGUACAUAGUUUGUAAUUUUGUGAUGGUUUGAUAUUUUAAUAAGAUUAUCAAUAAUGAAUGAACCAAGGAUUAUAGGGGAUUGGAAAAAUUUAUUAACUUUGGGAUCAGGUGGCUUUGGUACAGUUACUCUUUGGAAAAACAGCAUCACCAAUGAUUAUAUUGCAAUAAAAAAAUGCAAAUGGACAUCACCUGAAAAUAUUCCACUGAAGCAGAGGAAACGUUGGUGCAAUGAGGUUGAUAUUAUGAAAGAGAUUAAGCAUGAGAACAUCGCGAGUUACAAGCCGAUGCCGGAUCUGUUGGCCAUGGAAUUGGAGAAGUACAAUAAGAGUCUCCUUCCGAUGCUCCCGAUGGAAUACUGCGAGAACGGGAACUUGCGAAUGUUCUUGAAGCAACCGGUCAACAUAUGCGGCUUGCAAGAGGAAGAGUUGCGGUUCUUUCUUAAGGACAUGAACAGUGCCAUAGCGUAUUUGCACAAUAGAAAAAUCACUCAUAGAGAUAUUAAGCCAGAGAACAUCGUCAGACAAAAAAUUGGAAAAGAACAAAGAAUGAAUUGCAACAUAUACAAACUGAUCGAUCUCGGAUAUGCGAAGGAACUGAACUCCGUGACCGUCAGCUUCGUAGGUACACUUCACUAUUUAGCUCCAGAGAUUCUGAUGAACGAAACAUAUAACUGUAACGUGGAUUACUGGUCAUUCGGUAUUGUCGUCUUCGAAGUAAUCUGCGGGAUAUUACCUUUUUUGCAUAGAAAGAACCCAGCGCAAAGACAUGAAUGCUUGAUUAAGAAGUCGCCUGAUGUAAUUUACAUAUACGAAACGCUCUCAGGCGAAACGAAGUAUUCGAACGAGAUCACCAUCGAAAACAAUGUUUCUCCUUUACUAAGGAAGCACCUAGAAAGAUGGUUGAGGAUCAUGCUCAGAUUCGAUCCCAAAGACAGGGGACUUACUGGUAAUAGUAGGAACGUCUUUGAAGAAUUGGAUCAUAUCCUGAAUACGCGCAUAAUCCGCGUAUUUUCUGUUUUCAAUUAUCGCAUUUAUCAUUACGAGAUCGAUGACACUACUAUGUUAAGUACGCUGAUGGAUUGGAUCAAAACUGAUACUAGCAUCUCCAUCGAAGAUCAAUUGCUCAUUAUGGAUAACGUGUAUUACGAUAACAAUGAUAGGAAAGUCUUCGAAUGUUUUGACGAUAUAAGACCAAAUAGCCUUUUAAUGCUUUUCAACAAGAGAAGUUUCAACGAUAAUUCUAAGAUUAAUUUUCCGGUGCAGAUCAGAGGUCUGUUCUCGCCUAAACCAUUGAAUAUUGACAUACUGAAGACGUGCACAAACUUCGCCGCCAAUUACAUGCUGAACCAGGCGAAUCUGAUGAACUGCACUAGGAAAGCGCUUCGGAACCAGUACGAUUACACAGCUAAUUUGUUCUUGAAGGAGUGCCAGUCUUUGGAUCAGCUGAAGACCGUUUCCAAUAGACUGCUCAUAUUGAUUGGUGUUCUGAAGAAUGUUAAUUGUACGCGUCUAGGGAUGAGUGCGGAUGCCAUCAAAGAACACAAUAAAUGUUUGAGGCAAUGCAAGGAACUGAUUGAGAACGUUAACGCAGCAAAUUCUCGACACAGGAAACUCUGUGUACAGGAGACGGUGCUGAAUGCGUCCUACAAACGCAUCUCUUCCUUUCUGAAUGAUCUGAAUCCAGAGCGAUAUUUCCAGGAAGCCAUGGCGUGUACUUCAAUUUGCAGCAAUAUGGAGCAGAAGCCUAGGAAGAUCGUUGUGCUGAUAAAUACUUAUGUCAAAGAACUGUAUGAGCUACUCCAGAAUGAUGAUAUCAUCGUACAUUUCCCAGCUUCCAUGAAGUUUUUACGAGAAACUGUGAGACUAAUGAAGUGGAUACGUGCACUUCACGACGAAAUAUUGUUUAUGGACGAACAACUGCAAAAGAAUCACGUGUCUAUUAUCCAAAGUUUAUCUGCUGGCAUUAGAACGGUUCAUAGUCAGGACCUGAAUACAAAGUUAUCGCAGGCUUUUGAUGGCAGAACCGACCAAUUGAUUGAACUCAACACAGCAUUGAGAUACAGAAUACAAGAGAAUAUUGAUGAAAUUUACACCGAAGAAAGCCAAAACGCGAAUAAUAUUCCCAGGCGAGGUUUAUUGAGAUUAUAAAACUUUAUUAUGUUGU